AUGUCGCGUUAUAUCCCACAAACAAGGAAUGGAAAAUGUAAAAUACAAUUAAAAAAGUUCAUGUUUGUUAAAUUUAAUUUUUCUUUUUAUAACCCUAAAAUUUUCACUAACUUAAUCACAAAACGGCUGUUCUCUGGCAAUAACCCUGUAAAUAAUAGUUUACACAAGAAUAUAUACAAUAAUGAGCUCCAAUCGAAGCUAAAAACUGGCAAAAUCACCUAUUACGACGUAUUACAAGUUUCACCAACUGCUAACAAAAAUGAAAUUAAAAAGGCAUAUUUGAGAUUAGUCAAGGAGUAUCAUCCUGAUGUGAAUAAAAACACUGAGACGAGGUCGAUUUUCCUCUGUAUUAAAGAAUCACAUGAUGUUUUAACUGAUCGCAACAAACGAAUUCUCUAUGAUCAAAAACUUAGCCAAUUUGAGGGUAGAGGGAGUAUAUACAAUAAAUCAACUAUCUUAAGGAGGGGCACUGGAUAUGAUAUGGGUAAUGUUAUGAGUGGAUUAAUUGUUAUAGAUUCUGCUGAAUCUGAGCGGUGGGAACGAUAUCAAAGAUACACCAAAGGAGAAAGAAAUGAUUCUGUAGAGGACCCUAAUAUUUGGAUUAAAACUAUUGGGUCAAUAUUAAUCUCAUGUUUAACAGUAUCAAUAGGAUGUUUAGUGUUUGGUCAUUUGUUAACCAAAUUCCCCCAAUCAAGUGAAGUGGAUGAUAAGUAUGAUGUUGACUCAGUAAGAGAUGAGCACAUGGUUAAGGCUUACUACAAUCCAAUAACUGAGAGGUGGGAGAGGAUAAUAGAUCCUUUUGAAGCUCCUCUUCCUGAGGUACUUAUUUCCCACUACAAAGGCCGUGUUGAGUCUUCCGAAUUAAGUAAAAUUCCUCUCAAAAAUCUCACAAUAUUCCAGGUAUCCACUACCAUUCACCGAUUUUAUUGA